UUUGUUCACUCAGUAACCUGCAUCGUUAUAUUACAUAAUAGAAUUAUAAAAAUAGAUUAGAUGUAAAAUACUAAAGGUACCGUUCGAAAAUUUGUCAGAUGUGUAGAUGAGAAUCAUUAAAAAUGAGCACGGCUAAUAAUGCUCCAGGUUCUUUAUCAUCAAAUACGAACCGAGAUUCAAAACGGUUCUCCAGUUUAGGUGAUUCUCGUCUAAAUGACUUUUUACCAUCAUUGCACCUUGAAAGUAUCGCGAAUACGGUAACUGGUACAAUGUCAACUACCGUGUCAACCACAGCAUCUAUGCUUUUCUCCCCUUUAACAACUCGUGCUGUAAAGGGAGAUACUGCUUAUAUUCUAUCUGAACUUGCUCCUCAGUUAAUGGAUCAACGUCGCAUACAGCAACUUGUAAAUAAUAAUGGAAACACUCGUCAUACAAAAGAAGGUUCAAACAAACUUAUUUCUUUAGAAGACAUUUCAACAAGUACAACUACUCCAAAGCCCGAUGAUAUUUUAUUUAAUUCAGAGAUACCAGAAUCUAAAGCUCCCUUAUCGUUGUUUCAGGGAUAUAAAGCAACUUUUCAAGAGGUUGAGUCUCCAAAUAAUUCUAAAAAAAAAUCAAAGUUUCAUAAACGAAAAGUAAGAGGUCUUUUAGCUGAAGCUUUUGGUUCACAAGAUGCAAUGUCUGAUAUAGCAUCGAUAGAUGGUGAUUAUAAACCACUUAAUCAACUUAUUGCGGAUCGUGAUAGAGUUGUAAGAGAGAAUAACAAAAUACAAAUGCAAGAGUCGCGAACAAAGGCCGAAAUUAAAAAAAUCGAAGGUGAAAUCGCAGAAUUGACGGCUAGAAAACUAAACCUGGAAACGAAUUUAGCAAAAUAUAACGAAAGACAGAUCGAACUAUCCAGUCAACUGGGAGACUUAGAUGAAAAGAUUGCCAAUUUUAACCCCGAAAAUAAUAAUAGUGAAAGACGAAUGCGCACAAAAGGAAAAGGUGCCGCAAAACAUAAUUAUGAACAUGGAACAUGUAUUAAGGUUUUAGAAGGUCAUGAUGAUAUUAUCACGUGCCUUGAUUUCGAUAAAUCUUGUGGAACACUUAUCACGGCUUCUUUAGAUAAUACACUAAGAGCCUGGGAUUUGAAUAAUUAUCGCUGUUUGGGUAUUUUAGAUGGACAUAAAGAUGUAGUUAAUUGUUUGCAAGUAAAUGGAUCCCGUUUAGUGACAGGUUCACGAGAUAAAACAAUUCGUCAAUGGGAUUUAUCUAAGCUAAUAUCUCACCCCGAAUCCGUGACAAAUUUAUCAGAAUUAAGCUUCGCUUCAGCUUCGGUACAUGAAGCAAAUGGAUUAUCAAAUAUUGGUGAUAAUUGUUGGAUAGCUUCAUUGGAAGGACACAGUAAAUCAAUUACUUGUUUAUAUUUUGAAAAUAACAGUCUUGUAUCUGGAUCUUCAGAUAAGACUAUGAAGCAUUGGGAUAUGGAAACAGGACAAUGUAUUUUGACUAUGGACAUUUUGUGGGCCAUGUCCAGCUCUAAAGUUGAACGUAGACAAGCAGGAUUCUUAUUUGAUAGUUAUAUAUUUGACGGGGGCGAAUUUAUUGGAGCUUUGCAGUUCCGAGAUGUUGGUUUAGCAAGUGGAACUGAAGAUGGCGCAAUACGAAUGUGGGAUUUAAGGACAGGUCAAGCACAUAGAACUCUAUUAAGCCAUACAGGACCCAUAACUAGUCUUCAGUUUGAUGACCGUCAUGUUGUAAGCGGAAGUGUUGAUAGAAGCAUAAGGAUAUGGGACCUAAGAACAGGAUCCAUAAUUGAUACUUUCUCUUAUGAUAAUAGCGUCACAAGUUUACAAUUUGAUACUAACAAAAUAAUUAGUUGUGCUGGUAGCAAUGAUAUAAAGAUUUAUAAUCGAACUAAUUUUCAACAUUCGAGUUUUGAAGGACAUUCACAGCAGGUACAGUGUGUAAAGUUUAAAGAUUCUAUUUUAUCAUCUGGGGGAAGAGAUAAAGUGGUGAAAUUAUGGGCUUUAUAAUUUUUAAUAAUUACAUCAUAUUGAACUAAACGAUCAUUUGUAAUGAUUUAAUUAACAACAUAAAAUUAUUACAUAAGAAAAGACUUUUAUCGCGAUUUAUUUAAAAAAAAAGAGACAUAUUCAAAGAUGAUUCAGAGGGAUUAAAGAAAGUAUGCAUUAAAUCUCAUAUCAGUAUUAUAUCAUAUACUGAUAUGAAAUUAACUUAAAACUAUACAAUUAGAUGUUAUUCAUCAGGAUGAAUUGUUAAAUAAAGAAAUCUAUUAAAGUUUCAACCCUAAA